AUGGCGCCACUGGAAUACCCAGACCACAAUACUGUCGAGCGCCAGCUCAAGGACGUGAUCCAGAUCCUGUACGAGAUCAUGAUCCAAGUCCCCAACUACGACUCGCACACCGCCCCGGCCGCCAGCUCCAACGGCAACGGCACGCCCCUGCGCGCCGCCAGCAACGCGCCGCCCACGCGCGACGUGCUCGCCAGCCAGCUGACGCAGCUGUCGUCGGCCCUGCAGGCCAUCCACCGGGUGGCCACGCACCCGGCGGCCCCCGAGAACCUGCCCUCGCUGCCCUACGAGCUGAUCCAGUACGUCGAGGGCGGCCGCAACCCGGACAUCUACACGCGCGAGUUCGUCGAGCUCGUGCGCCGCCAGAACCAGCUCAUGCGCGGCAAGAUGCACGCCUUCGCCUCCUUCCGCGACGUCCUGGCCCGCGAGAUGGGCGAGGCCCUGCCCGAGCUGCGGGACGACGUCGCGCAGGUCGUCAAGGGGACGGGCGGUGAGUGGCCGCUCAAGGAGGAAGCCGGGCAGUGA